GACUCCAUUCAGUGUUAUUAUUAUUCUCAGCUAACUGUCAAACACAGAGACACCUGUUUUAAACUCAAACGUCAAAAUGUCCUCGGACUUUGAAGCAUAUGAACAGGACUUUUCAACAUUAACAGCAGAAAUUACGAACAAAGUUGGCAAAAUCCCCAAACUAAGCGGAGAGGAGAAGACACAGCUGGUUCUAAAUGUCGACAAACAGCUUGAAGAAGUCAGAGAGUUGCUGGAGCAGAUGGACCUGGAGGUGCGGGAGAUCCCCAUCCAGAGCCGAGCCAUGUACAACAGCAGGCUGAAGAGCUACAAGCAGGAGAUGGAGAAGCUGGAGAAAGACUUUAAAAGGUCACGUAUCGCCUACAGUGACGAAGUGCGCAACGAGCUCCUGGGGGAUGACGCCAGCUCCUCAGAGAACCAGCUGAUAAAGUUGCGUGAAGAGAGAGCGCAUCUGUUGGACAACACAGAGAAGCUGGAAAGGUCAUCACGGAGACUGGAGGCCGGCUACCAGAUAGCGGUAGAAACUGAACAAGUGGGUCAGGAGAUUCUCACCAACCUGCACAGUGACCGUGAGAAGAUCCAGAGAGCCAGAGAAAGGCUGAGAGAAACAGACGCCAACCUGGGCAAGAGUUCUCGUAUCCUAACUGGCAUGCUGAGAAGGUAAGAGGCAGGAUCAUCCAGAACCGUGUCCUGGUCUUCAUCCUCGGAGCCAUCCUCCUUCUCACCAUCAUCCUGGCCAUCUAUUUCAAUCUGCGAGGCCACUGAUCUACGCCCUACACACGCAUAUAUACACACAUACUCACACUCGCUCCCCACUGACACAAAUACAAACACACACAGCCGUGAUUAAUAGCGACAAAAGCGUUGCUCUGCUGUAAUUAGAACAAAUGGUCCCCAUGAAUCAAUGUUUCCAAAGCCUGACAGGGAGCUUUUUUCCAUCUCUUUCUCCUUUUCCUGUUUGCUCUUUCUUUCUCUUUUACCCUAUUUUUCUACUUCCUUUUCUGUCUCUUAUAUUUUCUCAGUUCAACCCUCUGUCUGUCAGGCUCUAACUUGCAUCUCCAGAUGGGGAGAUCAUUUUAUGAUAGUUCAUAUUGUUCACAGCGUUGUCCUCUGUGUGGUUUCGCAGCCCAUCCUAUACCCUGGUGAACAAAACCGUUUGUUUUUUCUGUCUUCUUUUACGUUACGUUUUUCUUUUUUUGCUACACAAUGCAGAUUUCGGUACGUAGAUUGAUUCUUCCAGUAUUGGGGGUUGGUCAAAUGUUAUAGAGGGAUGUAUGUGUGCAUUUGAGACGGAGAAGGAGUGGUAUAAGAGUGUUUUGCACAUGUUUAUUUGAGUGACAGUCAUAGUUUGGCAGCCCCACACUGUGCUUGUUACUAACACCAAAAGUAGACACACAUUCUGUAGUAUUUAUGAGCAUCUGUAACGAAAAGAUUCUUCUUCAUGUAGCCCCUACACAGCACAGAGGACAGUGCCUUCAUGAUGAGAAAUGCUGUUCACACUCCUUAAAAAGAAAACGCUCGGCAGAGCCUGAAAGAAAUGAGAGAAGAGAGAAGACGCAUGUAACAAGUUUGAGGUCAGUUCAGUCAAUCAAGGUAAAAAAUGUUGUUUGUUUCAUUAAGAGCAGGGAGGUUCAUUUUCAGGAAACAUUUUAGGAAGGUUUCUAAGAUUUAAAACAGAAAGUCUACUCUUUCAUGUUUUGACUACAAAAACAGACAGAACUAAACUUUAGAGCACAGCACAUAUUAUAGUAAGUCAAUACAGGCUUUAUAGCCAUCGUUCCAGGUCGCCCCUGCACGUCCAGAACUGACUCCCACACCUCAUUCCUGUAGACUUUUUACACAUAGCUCUCAUUGUUCAUAAUUAAAGAUAUGAUACUGUAUUUACUAACAUUUAAAUCUACAUCAUGUAUAGUGGUUUGAUCUCAGUACAAGUGAUUCUGUUUCUAUUUAUUUAUAAAUGCAUCAAUGAGUUUUCCAUUAAAGUUUCUGUGCUUGAACUGUAUUUAAAAAAAAAAAAUUAAAAAAAAAGAUAAAUGGCUAUCUGAUUUAACAUUAGCAACAUGUUUUUCUGAUUGAAGUUUUUAGACUUCACGCAGACUGCUCACCAGGACCAACUCAAACAUGUGGAUUUCAAGUGUAGUGUCUUAACGAUUUAUUUUUUGUUCUUAUAAAUGGAUUUAACUUGUUUUAGAA